CUGCAGAAAUAUCAGAUGAAGUAUUCCAACAAUGUUGCGAUCAAGGACAGCAUUCAGAGCGAUGUCUGCAAGGUUUAUCAGACCGUCCAGGAAAUGAAGGAGAAACGGGAGCAGCAGCUGAUGGACGUCGAACGGCUGACCAACACGCUCACCCGGAUCGAGGAGGAAAUGGUCCAGUUGCGUAAGACAUACGAGAAGGCUGUCCAGCGGCGAAAUGAAAGUGGCGUUCAGCUCAUUGAGCGCGAAGAAGAAGUCUGCAUUUUUUACGAAAAAAUCAACAUUCAGGAAAUGAUGAGCCGAAACGGCGACAUCGAGAUCAAUGUGAUGGAUGAGAAGAUACGCUAUCUAAAACUGAAGAUGAUCGAGAAAAAGAGGCAGAUUGAAUUGUCCGUCAAAAUGUUGCCCACCAAGAGGACGCUUGAUGCUGAUUUGGUGGUCCUCCAAAUUCAGUUGGAAAUUCAUCUGACUCGGAAAGAGGAAAGACUGCUGGAAAAGGAAUUUAUUUAUGAGCAAGUUUCCCGAAUGACGGAGAAAAUCAGCGUCAAGGCAGAAAACGGCAAGGAGGAGACAUUAAUCCUGGCUAAAAAGAUGAACCAUCUGCAGGAGAAAAUAAAGACCACCACCCAGAAGAUCAUGGCUCUCAUUGCGGAGCUGUCCAUGCAUCAGGCCUUCGCCAUUAAGCUGCAGCAGGAGAUGCGGGACAAAGAGCAGCUCAUCCUGUGUGUCGUCUCCCGACUGGCGAAAGGCCUUCCUCCCCCCAAAGAGAUCGAACAGGACUGGCUCCGGGUGCUGCGAGAUGAAAAAAUGCAUGAGCUGGCAAGCGAAGCCCGAGAAAGA